GACCCAUAUAUUUGCAUAAAAUAAUCUACGAAAAUGGCCGACGCGGUGGGUGAAUAGUUCUUGGUUGAAGUUUACUUUGUUUCUGUCCGAGUUUUAAAGUAAUAUGGACACACUGCGAUUGAUGUGUGCCAUUAAACAGACGUUGAAUGAUUACUGGUACAUGUAUCUCUUGGAUUUUAUACUAUAGUCAUGCCUUUGGAAAGGAAAGAAAAGAUACGACAAAGGAACACUUCUGGGAGUAGUGAUGUCUCUUCAAGCCCUUCCAAUUCUAGGGCUGAGAAAUCUCGAUAUGCCGCCAAAAUGCGACGGGACAAGGAAGGAGUGGAGAUCACAGCGUUGUCAAAGCUCCUUCCAUUUCCCGAGGAGAUCACUUCCAAGUUAGAUAAAGGUUCCAUAAUUCGACUCGCUACAAGUUACCUCCGAAUAAAGAAGUUUUCUCAAAAAGAGGGUAAUGCACUUCUUGAUGAGCUGAAAACAAAAUCAGAGACCAGAGCUAUCACUUCUGGAAAUGAAGAUGAUGACGAUAAGAAUCAAAUUUUGAAAUCCCUUUCAGAUUGCGAUGGGGAAGAAGGUGCUCUUAUGCUUGAGACACUCAACGGCUUUGUAAUCUUCAUUUCUCGGAAAGGUCGGAUCCUUUUCGUCUCUGAAAGUGUUGCCAAACAUCUUGGUAUUAACCAGCAUGAUAUGAUCGGCAACAGCAUAGUUGAUUACAUACACAAAGAUGAUCAAAACCAACUACGAAAACAGUUCCAGGUGAAAAUCCCGGGCCGGCAGACAUUUAAAGGUUAUGGGCUAGAUGGCGAUGAUCCUCCUGCUUCCAUGAGCGUCAAUAUAGUAGAUGGUGAUGCAUCUAACGAGACAGAGGAAACUAAUGCUUUGAAGGAUUAUGUACAAGAACGACAGUUUUUCCUACGUAUGCGCUCGGUGAUGUCACGACGUGGGAGUAGCAAUAAGGGAAAAGUAGUUGGUUAUAGGGUUGUACAGUUUUCGGGACGGUUAAAGUUGAAGUGUUCUUCAAACAGCAAGGGGUACAGUGUGGAAGGCCUCAUCUGCCUGUGCAGACCCAUACAGCCGCAGCCCAUCCUUGAAGUCCGAAUGGAUGGCAAUAUGUUCAUGAGUAGACAUAGGAUGGAUAUGAGCUUUACAUUUUGUGACCCACGAAUUAUAACCCUAAUUGGGUACGAGCCUCAUGAGUUAAUAGGCAAGACAGCAUACCAGUUCCAUAACCCACUCGAUGCAAAUAAAGUUAGUGACUGUCAUGCAAAGCUUAUUGUGAAAGGUUCUAGUUCCACCAAACACUACCGAUUUCUUGGUAAGAAUGGCGACUGGGUUUGGAUGCAGACAAAAGCAACAAUAAUUUACAAUACCAACAAUGAAGCGCAGUAUGUAGUGUGCAUGAAUUAUGUAAUUGGACAAGAAGAAGGUGAUCGAUAUUUGAUGCUUGAACGUAUGCAAAAAAAUGUGGACAGUGGAAUCGAAAGUGGUUUAUCCUCACCCGCUUCUGAUAUGAUGGAGACUGACAGAGUCACCCCCUCACCAGAACCCAUAGAGGUCCCGGAACGAACAUCAACAAUGUGCGAUGCUGAUAUUGCUAAAUUGAUACCACAACCUGUUCUUGAAAAUGUUGUCAUCAGAAAACCUUACAGUCAGCCACCAACUCUGAAUAUUGCCGCACUUUUAAAACAAGAGACUCAUGAAUGUGAGAAAGUGAAUGAAAUGGAGGUCAGCACAGAGAAACCAUCCUCCUCAAAUACUGCAUCCUUUGCUUCUUGUUCAUCUAAGCCGGGGCCACCAAAGAGUAGCCCCAAACCUGGCAACAAUGUAAACCCACAGGUAGUUAGGGAUGCCAACUGUGUAGGGGGUGCACCACUGACAAACCAAGCCAAUGGCACUGUUGUUUUAAAGGAAGAGGCAGUGUGGCCUCAUGAACAAUAUGGAUCACCUUUACACAGCGAGCCGGGCUCAGAAGCCAGUUCAAAUGAAAGCUCUCAGGGCUCACCUGAAACUAACGUGCAUUCGGGAAGAAGUAAUGCUGCGUUAUCCAUCACAGAGGAAGACAACAUAUUCAAUGAUUUGAUGGAGAUUACAAUGGAGGAUUUACAAUCUGACCCGACAGAUAUUCCAGUGGGUCUUCCACCUGGCGUGUCUUUCAAUCUGAACAGUCCUGACAACUUAAGUCAGCUUAUGAGUCCUGGACUCACAAUGGAUCCUGCAGACAGUCCAACUGCAUUGCAGUAUGAGGACUUCCUUGACAAACCUAACAAAGGACCAAGUAUUCUUGAAAAACUGCUGACACCGUGUUCACCAUGUGAUACUGAUUUAGUUGCUGAUGCAUUGAAAAUGAAAUUUCCACCUGGAAGUGGUCAAAAUAACUUUAUGAAUGUAACAGUGACAAAAAUUGAGAGACCACAAAGCACCAGCCUUCCAGAAGAUAUUGCCAACUUUACCCUUGAAUACAAUAUUGAAAACAUUAUUGACAAUGCUGCUGCAGAUGCAAUGAUGUCUGCUGGAGUCUUUGAUUUCACUAAAGCAGCUGAUAAUGAUGGCGUGACAAUUACUGAGAUACCCAGUGAUCAAAAUUUGCCUACAGGUUUACAGUUAGCACAGGAUCCACUGGAGAAGCCUAAAGGCUUUGUUAAUCAGCCAGUUCAAAAUGGCCAAGGCAUGAGUGCUGCACAUUCUGAUUCACUGAACUUUGUUAGAAAUCAAAGUGGAUUGGCACCUGCACCAAAAAGUGGUGUUCAUGAUGCAGCAUUCAAUGUAAAUAAACAACAAGUAGGUAGUGUCACACAUGGAAUCAAUGUCACACCACAAGGUGUGAAUGUCAGACCACAAGAUGUCAGUAAACCACAAGGUGUCAAUAUCUCACCACAACUAAUCAAUGCCACACAGAUGCAGCAGAAAGCACCAACUGCCCAUGUUACAGAACGUAUAUCAAAGCUUGAAAUCAAUGAUGCAAGCUCACCUACUAGCAUGGCGAGUCACAAUGUGGAAUCAGAUUCUAAACAGUCGUCAAUUCUUCAUUCUUUACUAACACAACCUGGCAGUAGUUCCAGAGCAGAGCAGCCAGGGGCCAUCCUUCAAGGAGCUCAAGGCAGUAAUUUCAUGAAUAAUAUCAGUAUGCUCCCCAAUGGGAAUGUUGUCCAGGGGCCAAUUAUGCUGAAUAAUAAUAUGGAAGAUCAGCAAUUACUGGAGCAGUUUAAGGAACGGCAAAAAUGUUUAGAAGAGGAGCAAGAAAGACAACGAUUGCAACUUAUACAGAAUCAAGAAGAGCAAAGGAAGCUAUUACAAAAACAGCAUCUGGAGACAUUGUUGAGGAGACAACAGAUGCAACGGGAAGACUUUGAGCAGAACCGGACACCUGUAAAUCAGUUCCAUCAGCAACAGACACUGAUGGUUAAUCAGAGUAGAGAAAACCACCAGCCACCAUCGGGAGUACAAUUUAACCAGCAGCCUACAGCCAUACCGCUCAUACCUGCAGAGGAAAUGUACAAAAUAUUAAAUCCACAGAUUCAGGCCAGCCCUAUUAACCAGCCGCAUCAGUCACAGAUGAUGCAGACUAAUGGAGAUCUCAGAAUACCUCACCAUAUGCCCAAAAUGGGAAAUAAUAUAUUUCAUGGACAGAUAACACCAGAGAAACAGACUUUUUCACAGCCACAAACGUCUCAUUUAGGAAUGAUAAGGAUGCCACAGAAUCAUCCAAUGUUCCUUCAGCAGCAGCAACAAUCUGCGAUGUACAACAAUCUGAAGGACUCCAGUCAGUUUCACCAGUUUGAUGGUCAUACUGCACUCCCUUCCAGGUUGCCACCACCUUACCCCUCUUUACAGGAUCCUAAGCCACAGGGUCUGAUCAUGCAGCAGCAGCAACACUCACAAAUGCAGAGCAUGGCACAACCCAGUGAUAUACUCCACAUGAACCAAGUGGUAAAUGUUGUAGAUGGUAGUAACUGUGACUUGUUUGCUGCCAACCAUGCAUCCAGUAACUGCAUACUGCAACAAUUCAAUUGAAUAUAUCAAAAGAGUAGAUUUUUUUAAAAAAAUGUAAAUUGAAGUUACAGCAAUCAGAGAGUUGAACGAUUUUUUAUAUGCUGUCUGCUUUUUAAAAUCAUGUGACAUUAUUGUGGACUUGAAUACUCAGAAUUGGAGGAGUGGGAAAAGACUGCAAAUCAAUAUUUUAAUCAUAUUUUUCUAUUUGUACGGGAACUGCUAACUCAUAAUACUGGUUCAGUUUAAAGAUACAGGCUUUUCAAGUGAUGCUUUGCUGCAGGUGGGACACAUAUAUAUACAGUGUACAGUAAGAUUAGAUUUGUACCAAGUACUACAAAGUUUUUACAAAGCAAACAGUUUUGGUUGCAAAUUCAGAAUUAAUUUUAUUGGCUGUAAGUACUUGGUUGUGGGUUGUCAUGUGUUACAAGUUGGUUGCAAGUACUGUAUCUAUUGGUUUUAUUGCUACUUGCAACCAAUAAGUAAUGGUUUACUGCUACAGUAUGGUUUUAAUACUACAUUGUUGGAAGUACUGUAAUGCUUUGCUGUUGCUUGCAACCAAAAAGAAUUAUGGUUUACUUCUACUUGCAACCAGUAAUAUAUAAUGGUUUGAUGCUACUUGCACACACCAUUUGCUGUUAUUUGCAGCCAGUAAGUAUUGGUUUGCUACUACCUGAGCAGCCAAAAAAUUGAUAGUUUUAUUGCUACUUGCCCAUAAUAAUUGCAAUUUAAUACUUUGCUGCUAGUGUUUGAUGUUAGAAUUAUUUGAUUUUUUUUUUUAUGAUACAUAUAUACUACUCCUAACUAACUCAUAGGGGGAAAAAUCCUUUGUCUAUAUUUCUCCUUAACGUUGUUAAAAUUUCCCCUUAGUGGCAGUAUUUUCGCCUUAAGGUAUUAUUUCUAACCCUUUCCAUUGUUAUCGUUUCCCCCUAUGGUAGUAUA